ACAUUCAGAAAUAUCGAGUUAAAAGCUUCUUGAACUUCUCAUCAACAUACUCAUUGGUUCUUCUAUUAACCACCGUCGCUUUUCCUUUAUCUUCAUCACCUUGUACCAUCAACAAUGGGAAAUUUGACCAAGGUUUAAGCCAGCUGGGAGAGCUAAUGUUAUUGUUUAUGAAAAGUAAUGAGAUGGUUUCGAUGGAGUCUGAACCUUUGCUUAUUUUUCAACAAAAAUCAGCGAAGCAUGGACAGAUAAUGGCAAAUUUAUUGGGAAGUUGUCUGCCUUUAAAGAAUCUACAGGAACAUACAUUGUUGUUUUUUUGGUAUUUUUUUUUAUGUGCCUUAAACGUUUUACAUUAUGAAAAAAAAGACAGCAUUAUAUAUAUAUAUAUAUAUAUAUAUAUAUAUAUAUAUAUAUAUUUAGUAUAAAUUUGAAUGUAUUAAAUGAAUGUUUUGCUCAAAAUGUUUAAUUAUUAUAAAAAAUGUCUGGUAAGUGUCACUUUUUUUUUCUUAUCAAAUUUCUCUCUCAAUAAGAAAGAAAAAAAAAGACCAUAUUGCUGCUUUGUAGAAUAUUUGCUUUGUCUUCUUCAUUAUCUUCUUUAGUAUCUUAGCUUUUUUUUUUUUUUGGAAUAAAAUUUAUUUAAAAAUUUAAUAAACAAGCGUUUGAACUUUGUCUAAUUUAGUUUAAAAUCUUUUUAUAUAACUUAAUUUUUGAAAGGCAAAAAAUGAAUCAUAUUCGCAAUUUUCAAGAUAAUCAGGCUGUUAAAUCUAUUAUAGAGUCCGAGAUAACUAUACUUAGAUCACAAAUUGCCGAAAAAUGGGGUAAAUAUAGAGUAUGUGAAGCUGUUAAUGCCGGUAUUCUGAAAGAACUUGAACGGAGACGUACUGAUAUGAAACAGGCAGAAAGUGAUUGUACUCUCUUUGAAGAGGAACUUAAUAGGCUAAAAUCUGAAUUUAUCGUAAGAGAAACUAAAAAAGAAAAUUUAUUAGCAGAAAAUCAAGGCUUAAAAGCUCUUGUGAAGGUUGCAAAAGAGGAUUUGGAUAAAUGUUUAAAAGAUGGAUCGUCUACGAGUUUGAACCAUGUCUCAUUAAAAAGUAGCAUAGGUGAUAGAAUAGCUAGAGAACUUCCCGAAGAUACAGCAAUUUACUCUCAAAUUACACGUGAAAUUCUAGGCAAAAGUAAAAGGAGAUUAGAUAAGAUAUUGGAAUUAUAACAAGAUAACCCAUUAAUAUGUCAUUGUGAAAGUUAAUCGCAAUAAAUAUUGCUUACCAAAGACACAGUAAAAAGAGGAGAAUGAAAAUAAUAAUCUACUCUUCUAGACCUAUUUUCAAAUAUCAAUAAAAUAUAGAUCUUGUAAGCAGCAAGAACAACCUAAAUCUAAAGCUGUUUCAUAAACUUUCCUUAUAUCUUGAAUAACAAAAGAAUCUCUUCUUUCUUCUCUUCACAAGAAAAUUCAUUUCUAUACAUUUUCUCUUUUUGCGAUUAAUAAAAAUAU